AUGAGCACGAGAGAUGUGGCUCUCGUUUCAGCAUCCGUGGUAGGGGGGGCGCUCGCCUCCGCCAUCGCAGUCCGCUUCCUCUCUGGAUACUGGAGGAAACCCUCCUCCAAUGAGGUUGACUCCUUGGCCGUGGACGCCAACCGAUCGCUCGAGAAUUCCUCUGUACAGUGUCCUUUCGACCCCUCCAAGCGCAAAGGGUUCUUCAUCUGUCGCGUUCCUUCCUCCUUUUUCUCAUUUACCCGGGUACUGGUGCCUUCACCUUAUGAUUUUGUUGAUCAGGUACCUGUCUUGGGACGAUUACUUCAUGGCACUAGCCUUCCUCUCGGCCAAGCGCUCCAAGGAUCCCAACAGACAGGUAACCCCUUUUGUUCAUCCGCAUUCCAUCUUAAUCUUAUUCGUGGUCUUACUGCGGUUCUUGUUUACGUUGGUCUGAAUGCUUCUGCUGUACAUUCCACUAUUCGAAUCCUACAAGACUCGAUGAGAAUCUCUGCUCGGCUUCAGCCUCUCGUUCAAUUCUGAGAGAAGAUCCGAAACCAUCUCAGGCAACUCAACGGCCGUUUGUCAGUGGUUCAGUCUUUUUUCCAGAGUGAUGAUCACUCGUGAGCCUCCCGGCUAAUAAAUACUGAGCUGUAUCGGAGAUGAGAUUUUCUAAAUAAAAAUUGGUAUUGAAUUUCCCUCAGAAUGAAGGGCUACUACUCAAGCAUACAUUACAGGAUAUGACUCGGAACAUCUUCCGCGGCGAACAUGGGCUACUGUCAUCUCAUAUAUCGAAUAAUGUCUAUGCUAAGCUACGUCAACAAUUUUUUAAUUUACUCUUUUGCAUAUAAACCGUAUCCAUAUAAAUUCAAACCUUGGCGACUGGGUUUGCUCUUCUUUGUCCUGGGUGUGAAUCCCCGAGCCAGUCCUGGGGAAGCUGUCCACCAUCAGUAGAGUGGGUCAUCCAUGCAACUUAGUAUCAUGGAUAUGCCACUCCAUCUCAAUGACUUGACCUUCUUCAGUCUACUUGUUCAGUUCUUCGAUGGGUUUCUGAUUUGAUGUUUUUUAUUCUAUUUAUAAUCCUUUGUUUCCGAGCUAUAGUCUCCUAUUUCAACCCUCUGUUUUUCUUUUCUUAUCCGUUGAUUCAUGAUUUACUUAUUUUUGGCCCAGACUAUUCAUCUAACCAUUCACUUAAACAAACAAAAAUAAUGUCUUCUAGGUUGGAGCCUGCUUGGUGAGCCAAGAUGGAAUAAUACUUGGUAAGAAGUGAAAACUCGGAUCUCCCAAAGUUGCAUUGUCUACUUUCUUUUUAAUUUUUUUAUAUAUAUAUGCAUAUAUUUAUGUUGUUGACCUAUACAUCUUUUUACUGUGGGGAGGACGUUUUAUAGGAACCUUAGUUUGGUUAAAAAAUAUGCAAAAUCCCUGAAGAUAGAGAUGAUGAAUAAUAUUUUACAUGAAAUAUCUUAUUUUUAUGGUUCAUUGCUUCCUUCAUACAUGAUCUGAGACUCUGUUGCAUGUAUAUUCGUUCAUAUUCAUGUUUGAUAUGGUGAUGCAGGAUGAUCCAUUUAUAUCAAAUUAAUUGAGAUAAUUAUCAAAUUACCGUAGGCAGAGAAAUACCAUGCCUUGUUUAGCGUCUAUCCCCUAAAUAACUUCAAGUAAAUGAAAUCAAAGUUACUGAUAAGUUUAAUAGGCAAAUUCGUACUAAUCCAUGACUCCUCUCCGCGUUGGCUGGGGCUUCGUGCAAUCUGAAGUUGCCAUUCCUGCUUUGAUAUGCCACAUUUUCUGUUGUUCGAUUCACGAGAGAUUUGUUGAAAUAAAUCUUCUUUUUUUUCUGCCAUGGAAUAUGGGAAUUUCGUAGUACUCUAAUUCUAUUUCUGCUUAGUCAGGGAUUGGCUAUAACGGAUUUCCAAGAGGCUGCUGUGAUGACAAGCUUUCAUGGGCAAAGGUUGUUUUACUAGAUUUAGUUAUCAGACAAUUUCUGGUUAACCAUGGGGCUAAUUAAAUGUAAAACCGUUUCGGCAGCAUUUUUCUGCUUAGACCCAUUUUUUGCCCUGUAAAUUAUCUUGUUCUGGUCUGAGAAUCGUCGUUUGAUGGGUUUAUGUGGCCAAAUAGGAAGGGAAAAAAGUUCUGAAGGGAUUCUCUUGCCCAGUCUAACUGUGUUCUUCCCGUUUGUCUUUCAGAAAUCCAGGUCUGGAAACCCAUUGGAAACAAAGUACCCGUAAGUGCAAUUGUCCGUGGCAAAUCUCUCAUCUCUCCCCUCGCUAUCCUGCUUUCAAGUACUUAGUAUCUUCAUGUUAACGGAUUGAGCGGAUUUUAAUGUUUUGCCCUGGAACCCCAUAGGCUUCUCUUCUUUUCCCUUUGAUUGCAGUUCAGCCAACCGUGCUUCGUUACUAAGUAGAUAGCUUUGUUUAAUUUGCGAGAAAAUAUGGUCUAUUUUCCUGGAAAAUGGUAUGACUAUUAUUUCUGAUUUCUUGCAGUUAUGUAUGCCAUGCUGAAGUCAAUGCUAUUUUGAAUACUAACCAUGCAUCGGCAGCAGGGCAGGUGACCUCUGCUUCUUCCUUUCUCUGCUCUCCUUUCCUUUUUUAUGGUUUUUUUGUAUAAAUUUUUACUGCAUAUUCUUUAGUCACGCCAUCUCAGGUCACCAUGUACCAGGGCAAGCUGGUAGGUUUCUUUAUCUGCUAUUUGUUUCUUUCCACCAAAUUGACGGCAGAAUGCUCUCGUUACACCGUUUGUCUAAUGAUGUUUUAUCAAGUCUUUUGAUCUGUAUGGAUAGUCAAUAAUAAUAUUAUAUUCUUGAAAAUUUUGAAUAUCUAUUUAUCGCCCUUUUUUGUCUUGGUAGCAUGGGAUAUUUACAGAGUUGUCUGAAGUUGGCUGUGCCAAUUUAAACCUUUUCAAGGCUUUUGAACUCUCUCUCUCUCUCUCUCUCUCUCUCUCUCUCUCUCACACACACACACACACACACACACACACACACACAGAAUAAGGGUACUGUUGUAGAUAACAAGAGAGCGUUCGAUUGUCAAUAGAUAAUCGUAAAAAUAAUUUCACUAAUAAUGUUCUUCAGGUCCAUGCUCAACAGCAUAAAGCUGUCAAAAUAGACAGAACAGCGAUCACAAUUCAGCUUUAGCCAUUUUCAUGCUUGAAAAAUCUCAAGAGCAGAGACCUUGGAUCAUAUGGCUCGAACUGACCCUCUUAAACAGACGGAUGCUAUUCAAGACAUGGGUACUCAUCCUAUCCGCGGGGUCACUCCUGAUCCCCUCCUCAACAGGAUAAAUAAAUAAAUGCUAAUUCUACAAUUUUCAAGUAUCGUAACAUUUGCUUAAUAAACAUAGAAUUUUUUUAUUGGAUGCUCAUUAAAGACAUGGCGCAUAUCCCUUGUGCGCUAGUAGAGUCAUGGGCGUCUUGAUACACCAAGCUAUGCGAUGGAUCCUGGACUUUCCUGGCAUAAUUUUGAGUUCAGAAGAGAUGUAUAUUAUUUCAUCUUUAGAAAUCGGCGUUCAUCUCAAACUUUUGGAUGACUGUUUCCAACUGGCGAGGUAGUUUCAAUUAUUUAGAACAUAAUUUCCCCGAGGAUUCUUCAUUUCUAAUCAUUGCUCAGUAAUCUCUGCAGAGACUCUACGUCACGAUGUUCCCUUGCAACGAAUGUGCAAAGAUUAUCAUCCAGGUUGGUGCCGUGUUGUCGUCAAUUCCACACAUAUUUCCCUCGUCCUGCUGUUCUAGGCGAAAUGUGUCGAUAUCUGAAAUAAGAUAUUGAGAAGGUUGAAAGGGGUCAUUGGUUGACGGAGAAAUUCGCUUGCUCUUGCAGUCAGGAGUCUCUGAGGUCAUUUAUUUUGUUGAGAAGAGGUUAAAUGACUCGGUCAUGUACACUGCUUCUCGCAGAUUGUUAUCAAUGGCCGGCGUGAAAGUAUGUGCCGCUCAUAGUGAUGUCUAUUUUUUUUAUACUAUUUAUUUCAUGUUCUCAUAAUAUCUUCUCCACUUCGUAGGUCAGAAAGCACCAGCCACAAAUGUCUCAGAUUCUUAUCAAAUUUGAGGAGCCCUGA